ACGAGGUGAACGUGUCUUGGACAUAUUUGAGCACGAGGACACGUGAAUGGCUUUGAAGUACAUAACCACCUGAUGGUCGGAGUGUCGACAAUCAUCUGUAGUCUCGUGUUCGGUAAACAUUACACUCACGAUGACGCGUUCCUCAAGCAGUACUUGGAAAUCCUCGACGAAAUGGCUGCUAAUAUGUCGAAUGGAGCUGCAGCCGCCUUUCUGCCGUUCCUUCGCAUUCUACCAGGAAACGUGCUGACGAAAUUCAAGAGGAACAGCGAUUGGAUACGCGCCAACUGGCUGGAUAUCGAAUUAGUUGAGCACAAGGAGACAGUCGACGUCAGCAACCCACGUGACUACAUCGACGCCUACCUCGCAAAGAUGCAGACGACGAAGGAGGGUUCGACUUCCCGCCAUCCUACUACCCACAUGUCAGACGAGCAGCUAGUGGCUUGUCUCGGGGACCUGUUUGCCGCUGGCACCGAGACGACGACCAAUACACUUAAGUGGGGCCUCCUCUACAUGCUGAGAUAUCCGGACAUACAGAGAAAGGUCCAGGCCGAAUUAGAUGAAGUGGUCGGUAGAGGGCGCCUUCCGUCUAUUAAAGAUAAACCGAACCUGCCUUACACACAUGCCGCCGUACUGGAGAUGUUGCGCUGCAGCAGCGUCGUGCCUCUUGGUGUGCUACGUGCCACGACGAAGGAGACAACCAUAGGAGGCUACCGAAUUCCCAACAGAACCGUUCUGAUCCCGAACCUGUGGGCCGUCACGCACGAUCCGAGAUACUGGGAGAAACCGGACGAGUUCUAUCCCGAACAUUUCCUCGACGCAGACGGCAAGGUCACGAACCGGGAAGCGCUGAUCCCGUUCUCAUCCGGUACGCGCCUCUGCAUCGGUGAACUUCUCGCCAGGAUGGAAUUGUUCCUUUUCUUCUCGAGCGUGCUGCAGAGGUUCACAUUAGCGCCGCCAGAGGGCAGCCCGAGGCCGGAGGCGAAAGGGAAACUUGGCAUCACCUUGUCGCCGCAACCUUACAAGCUAACAGCUACACUACGCUAAACUAUAGACAAUUCUUAUAAUACUACAGUAUACUAUAUCAUUAUAGAUAUAUAUACUGUAUUAUAAUAUAUAUAUAUAUAUAUAUAUAUAUAUAUAUAUGCGCUAAACGCUACGAUAGACUGCCAUUUAUUUUAGAUUCGCAACAAUGCUUCAUACAGUUGACGUGUCGCAGCCGAUGACUCAACAUCUAUGUCGCUGAAAAUAACUGUAUGUUCGCGUUAACAGGCCGCGAAAUUUUUUAGUAUGUUUUUGUAAACACAUCGUGACAAAGUUCCGCAUGUUAUAGUAAAGAAGGGACGUGGUAUUGUGGUGCAAACAAAUGAA